AUGAAGCUGACAGCUAUCGCCAUCGCCAUCCUGGCCCCCAUUGCCGCCAUGGCCACCUCUUCCACUGCCAAGGAAUCCUCUGACGCCAACCUCCCCAUCACCAUCGCAGCCUCCAAGGCCGGCCAGCUCUAUGUCCGCCUCAACAGCGCGUCAGGUCUCCGCGACAAGGAUCUCUUUGGCAAAUCCGACCCUUACUUUGAGGUCUGGCUCGACAAGUCCUACAAGUCCCGGUCCAAGGAUAACAAGGGCCUCAACCCUGUCUACGGCCAGACCUUCUGCUUCUAUGUCCGUCCCGGCCAGAAUACUCUUUACGUCCGUGCGGUCGACAAGGACACUUUCCGUGAUGACAAGAUUGGAGAUACGAGCAUUUCGCUGGACCAGGUUAUGGCUUCUGGAAACGUCGGUCCUCAGGACUAUAAUCUCCCCAAGUGGUUUGGCUUGAGAAGCGACGGCAAGGUCAACCUCCAGAUGCAGUUCGUCCAGGACACCACCGCUUAG